GCCAAAACUUUCUAGAGCUUCUCAAUCUUCAAGGAGAAGUGAAACAGAACACUAGAGACAAGGGCUUCAGGCUCAUAGCUUCUUGGGCUUCUUCUGCUUCUCUGUUCUGAUUUCUGAAACGUUUUAGCAGUUUUUGAACAAGGAAAUUACUACCCAUCAAAGCUGUAGAUGCAACAACAUAUGGGUACUAGCGGUGGAGGUGGAGGUGGAAGUGGUGGUGGUGGCGCUGGUGGUUUUGAACCCACAAGGCUUUCAAGGUUCCGGUCAGCUCCGGCGACUUGGUUUGAUACUCUGCUUCAAGAAGAUGAGCUUAUUCCACAAACCCAAUGUCUAUCUCAAGCUCCUGUGAACAGUUCAUCAACAACAAAUUUCAGGAACUCGGAAAAUUACAGUUCGGCUGAGUCUGACCCCAAUUUCUUUCAGACCUCCAUGGCUGCGCCUAGUCACAACUUCUUCAGACAGAACAGUUCUCCAGCGGAAUUUUUUGCUCAGCUGAAUUCAUCUUCAGGUAUUGGGGGUGAUGAAUUCGUCUCUGGCUUUAUGGGUAGUCACGAGUUUCCUCCGAUGCCUGAUAUUCCCACAAAUAAACGAGCAAGGGAGAGAAAUUCUGAGCAAGAAGCAGCUAAUUUGGCUCAAGUGAGAGGAGAGCACAGUGGCAACUCGCAGGUUGGGAUGUCUGGUUUCUUGGAUUUGGAGAUGGAGAAGCUUUUCGCGGAUUCAGUUCCUUGCAGAGUUAGAGCAAAGCGUGGCUGUGCGACCCAUCCUCGCAGCAUCGCAGAGAGGGUUCGUAGGACUCGAAUCAGUGACAGGAUAAGGAAGCUUCAAGAACUGGUGCCCAAUAUGGACAAGCAAACGAAUACUGCAGACAUGUUAGAGGAAGCAGUUGAGUAUGUCAAGCUCCUACAGAAACAGAUUCAGGAACUCUCUGAGCAUCAGAGGAAAUGCAAGUGCUCAGGUAGAGAAUAGUCAGAAGAGAUAUUGAGCAGUUUUUUGUUCAUUCUCUAGUCUAAAUACCCAAGGUUAUAAUCUGGACUUGUUACCAUUCUCAUCUCCUGAAGCCCCAUCCAUCUUCAUUUCAUGGGACUUCCAAUCAUCUGUGUGAAAUUCUUCAGCAGUUGUAGAAGUAGGAGAGAGUUUUUUCAGAAGACCAUGAUGAAGAUGAAAUGUUUGUUAAAGAUUUGAAAUUUCUGGAUCUUUAUGAAUGUGAAAUAUUUUCUUUGUAUCAUCACUAAAUUAACUAACAGCAGAUCUUCUUCUUCUUCUCUUCAAAUAUUUGUUUCAAAUCGGAUUUCUUGUAUGUAUAUUGGAUUUGUUAUGCAGCUUAUUGAAAAGCUAUGAAAUCAAUAAAGAAAAAUAUGGUAAUAACUUGAAAAUUGCAUUACUUCUCCAUCGCAGUUGAUCUUAAUUUGUUGGUUUUUUUCCCCCUUUUUUCUGGGGUUGGUGUAUGUAGGCUCUCUUUGUUCAUUGGUUAUGUUUUCUUCUUUUUAGUUGUACAUAAGGUUAGUGAUAAGAAAAUGGUGGGGAUGUGAUCAUGUGAUGGACCAUACCAGACAUUUAGACAGAAGCACAUACCAUCUGAGAAAGGAUUUGUAUAAAGCCAUUAUAGUUCUGUUCUGCUAUAAUAUAGUAUAAGUUUGGUCCCCCUCUCCCAUCCCUUUAAUUAAUGAUGAAACAUGAAUUAUUAGUUUGGCUCAUGUCAAACAUGGAUGGCAUCAAUAAUUCAUCAAAAUGACCGAAGGAGAAGUCUGAACAGGGUGACAUACUAGCAUCCUUUCAAAAGAUAUGGGAUCAAAGUAUUUACAAUUAAGGUUAUAGGUAUUAGUGUUCUCAUCAAUCUUGUCCGAUACCGAUAUGAUGUUGAUACAGCCUGAUCCGUAUCUGUAUCAGGCCGGUAUCAUACAUACCUAAAAAAAAAAAAGGAACACUUUUUUGGCGGAUACAACCGAUCUGUAUUGGUCUCUGGUGAUACUAAUACAUUUUGGGUAUCAGCUGAUACUUAGAACCAUGGUUUACGACAUUGAUGAUAUGAGCUAUGCAAAGAAGUCUUGACCGGAGGAGUGAAAAAAAAAAAAUAUGAAGUUUUGCUAUGCAAUCACAGUUUAUUACAUUAAGGGCUGAGGCUGCAGUUGUACCAAAAUUUCCCUCCUUCGUAUAACAGCAACCAAGUUUGUACACACCUCAUUACAUGGUUACACUGAGAAUAUCCCAUAAAAAACAUUUCUUCUUAGACUAGAUCAAAUGACUAAUGCACAAGGAAUAUUACUGAUCCAUGUUCAUGGGGAUACCUACACUGAGGUUAGCUAUCUGAUCAAAGAAAAAAGGUGUAUGUCAUUCUUCUGCAGGGAUCAAUGCUUCAGGAAGUGAUCUAGGUCAAGUAUGGUUUGUUGGGAGGACUCACCUGUGCUUGGUUUAUUGGGAAGUUCUUUAGACCUAUUGUAUACUCAGAUUGAUUAUAUUUGGGUUCUGUUCCCUUUUCCUAUACAUUGGCACCAGGAAAAAAAUGUCAGAAUCCUCACCCCGAACGUGAAGAGUAGCUAAUGUGUUCUACCAUUGAUGGAGGACUUGUUUCCAUUAUUUUUUUUUUCUCUCUUCUCUUCUAUUAAUAUACUUGGAAAACCGGAGGAAAGCUUGAAAUGAUAAUUACUUCUCUCACAACUGUAUCCCCCCUUUCAUGGACAUUGUUUCAUGGCUUUACAUGAGUAGUAUUCACUUUAGCAUUUUAGGAAUUCUGGAAAAAAUGUGAUUGUUCUUAUAUUGUAUUUUAUGAAUAUCUGGGUAGUCAUCUUAGGCUGUAGGUAUUUGGUUGUUGCCUUUGCAACUUAUUAAUGAAUUUUCUUUCUACU